AUGCUAAACCCUGAAACCAAAUGCAAGAGCGCCAAAGCAAUCAUCGAAGUUAAGAACCACUUAUUGACUGUUGAGGCUGCCCAAAAGGCCUCUUCAAGCCACCCAGCUCCAGAUCAUCCGGCCGACAUUAUCACACCCAAUCGCUUCAACCCCAUCAACAUACACAUGAAUAAUAUCUACGCCGCACACCCACCAAACGCCAAAUAUCACAAAACGCUUCCAGCGUACAUCAAUCCAACGGAUCCCAAUCGCUUCAUCCCCUUGACCGCAGGGGUAGUCCAAAAAUGGGCCACUUUGUUGGUGGGUUAG